AUGACUCGACCUGCCAUGGACACUGAUUUGGGCGCUCAGUCUCGCCGGUCGACCCGCACUAAGAGUCAGCCAGCUCCUGCUGACAAGAAAGGGAAAGCUGCUGCCUCGAAAUCAUUAAAUGAACCCAAAUCUCGGGAGGAAGUGAUCGACUCGGAGGAAGACGCUAUUGAGGAACAGGAAGACAAGGACGACGAGGAAGAGGAAGAAGUCUUGGUCAGGAAAUCUCGGAGGGUUCCUGCUGCGGCUGCUGUUGCUGCUUCUGUUGCACCUCCUGCUGCUCAGGAGACUCGUAGGAGUGGACGAUCAGCACCUACCCGCUCGAACGCUCGUUCCCCAGCGCAAACUGUCAAACAGUCCACUGCUCGCCCCGCACCUGUAGGAAAGAAGGCCGUGGCAAAGAGCGGAAAGAGCGUACCUCCUAAGAAGGCUAAAACGGUGGCGCCUGUUGAGAUCGAAUCGGACGAGGAUGCUGAGGACGAAGACAGCGGUGAUGAUGACGAUGAUAACCAUGAGCCCUCCUCUGACGAUGAUGAUGAUUCGGGCUCUGAUUUUGAACAACCCGCCGCCACUAAGAAGAACGCCAGGUCUCUCGCUACCAAGAAGGCCGGUCAACCCAAGAUUCCCAUCAUCAGACAAAAGAAAUCUGGCGCUUCUACCAUGACAUCCAAAUCAGCAAAGGCAUCAAAAUCACCCAAGACUGCUGCCCGCAAACCCUCUGCAUCUACAAACGACCAAGAGGACGGUGUCGAACGUGAAGAUGGAGAAUCGGACCUUUAUGCUGCUGUGCUGGACUCACAGGUGGCUCUUGACACGGUUGUUACGGAAUGGAUCGGAUCAUAUGAGAAAUCUGCAGACGAGGCCUUGCUAGCCUUAACGAACUUUCUUAUCCGGAGCUGCGGAUGCACUCAAUUUGUCACCGCUGAAGAGUUUAACGACAACGACAAUCUGCUCGAGAACCUGCAGGAUAUUUUGAUGCGAUACAAGCAGAACACCACCAACUUUGACUACCCGAUUGUGUCUAAAGCAAAGGAAUUCAAAAAGUUCAAGAAGAAUCUCCUGGAAUUCUACACGCGACUUAUUCAAAAGACUCAAGGAGACAUUCUUUUUGAUGGUGUCUUUAUGGAAAGCCUCCUUACGUGGACUAUCUCCCUCUCCAGCACCACAUUCCGACCUUUCCGCCACACUGCGGCAGUCGUUGCCCUCAACCUUGUUAUGUCCUUGGCCGAAUUUGCAUCAGAGAUUCAGGAGGAACUGAAUGUCACUAACCGUCAAUUGGCGACCAAUCAGAGGCAAAAGGCGACAGCUACAAAGAUCAAGCAGCUGGAAAAGAAGGUCGCUCAAGGCCAGACCCGCAAGGUUCAGGUGUUGGAGUGGAUUAAUGAGAUCUUUGUCAGUGUAUAUGUACUGAGAUGGCGCGAUGUGGAUCCUCUCGUUCGAUCGGACUGCGUGCGGGAACUUGGACAGUGGAUGAUAGCCUAUCAGGACCACUUUGUCACCUCGUCAUACCUCAAAUAUCUCGGCUUUGUCCUUUCCGACAAGGCCGCUGCUGUUCGUUUGGAGGCGCUCAAGGUCCUGGCCAAGUUGUACGAGAUCGAUAACCAACCCACAGCUCUUCGUCAGUUCACCGCUCGGUUUACGGAUCGCUUUGUCGAAAUGGCCAUUGGCGAGUCUGACACUUCGGCCCGUUUGGGAGCGAUUAAGGUAGCGACCCUUGUUCACAGGCAUGGACAGCUUGAGGAGGAGGAUCAGGUUAAACUGAGCGCCCUGAUCUUUGGAGCAAACGCCAAGGUGCGCAAGGGCAUAGCCAAGUUUGUGAAGGCUCGCAUUUGGGAGGACGAGGUUGAGGGUAGAAUGGCUGCCGGUGAGAUCGUGAUCUCGUCAUCAAAGGAAUCUACAGAGCUGAAGAAGGAUUGGAUCGAACUCAAGUCACUCGCUAACUUCCUCAUCAAGGUUGGAAAGACCGUUGAGGAGCAAAACGAAAUCAUUGGGCGUAACGACAACCAAGCUGACAAGACUGGUACCCGACUCUUUGAGGAAACCAAGGUUGGAAGAAUCGCUUUGGCCGUCGAAGCUCUCUGGCCCGAGAUCGAAUCCCUCAAGAACUGGCAAUCGAUCGCCAACUAUCUUACGGAAGAUCACUCCACUAUCCCGGUCGCCUCUUCCAGCUCACAGAGCACCCACGCAGCCAAGUCGCUGGAUGAGCUUUACAGCUUGAACGAAGAGGAAGAAAAUGUUCUUUUGGAGAUUUUGAUCGCCAGUUUGCAGAUGAUUGUUCACCCUCCUGCCGCCCCUGGUUUCCUCAAGGACAAGGCCAAGCUCAAAGCCCAACAGGAUGAGGUUGCAAAUGAAGUUGGGAGAUUCUGCGUUGGGCUGUUGCCUCAGCUUUUCCUGAAAUAUGGUAUCGAUGCUGUCCGUGUUCGAUCUGUCCUUGUCAUCCCUCAGAUCGUUCCUCUGAACGUCUAUCUGGACAUGCGCAUGAUUGCCGCAUAUGAGGAUCUCGUGGACGAGGUGGUGAAGGUUUUCAAGAAGCACACAGAACCCUCUGUUCUCCAUACCGCUGCCGUGACGAUUAGAGCAUUCCAGGGGUACGAGGUCUUAAAGACCUCGCAUGAAGCCAAGAUUGAAGCUUUGGGAGCAUCGCUCCUCGAAUCUUUCUUGAACUUGAUCGCAACUGAGGAGGAUAUGACCGAACAGGAUGCCCAAGAGGAGAUGACUCUUGCCCUCCGAAGACUCGAGCAUUUGGUCAAGUGCACAGACGUUACCUCAAGGACGCCCCGUGAAUCUACCCAGAACCCCUUUGAUGGGCUUUUGAAGGUCGUCGGACGCUACAAGACUGCUCAGGGACCCGAUGCCGAGUUGACUAUCUCGGCUCUUUCGAUUUCUUUCCUAUGGAUCUCAUGGGUAUGCAGGAAUAACGCCUCAAAGCACGGACAGGAUGCGGAUUGGACAGAAGAUGAUGCCCAGGAGAUGCUUCACAUGCGAGACGCGCUCGUCCGGACGAUCUCUGGCUUGACUGACAAGGACAACCAUGAUGUCGAUGCUCGUCUUCGACGCAAGGCUUUCCAGGUACUUGGUGACAUCUACUGGCUUUUUGGCGGAGAUAUGUUCCACUCGUCGAAGGGCGCCAACCGUCAUAGCCUGUACAUGACCUGCCCUGAGGCGACUCAAGCAGAGUGUGAGAGCUUUGUCCGCUCGGAAUUGGAUCUGUGGGGCGAGAAGGUUCGGGAGAAGGCGAAGGCAAUUCAGGCAGCCAGGACACCAACGGCAGGUACCGAUGGGGCAGGAGCAGAUGCCAACCCUGAGAACGAUAUGGACGGAGCAGAGGGGGGUGCUGACGCUGAAGAGCUUUUGGAGGAUGAGAAACUUGCUGCUGCUCAGAUUGAACAAGAGGAUAAGUAUGAGAUGUUUGGAACCGUCUUUUCAUUCAUGCGUCAGAUUAUCCUCAAAGACUUCAGCAUGGAGCAUGCCGUCGCUGUGGUUGCCCAAUACGGCCGCUUUGGUGCAGAGUUUGACGAGGGUGUGAAGCGAGUUAUUGCGGCAAUCAAGGCUCAAACCACCUCUAGUGCUUCCAGACAAGCGAACCAGCAAAAGACCGAGGUCUUUAUGUCGGUGUGCAUGGCCUCCCUCAAGCAGGCUUUCGAGCUCUUUGUGGAUGGACAUGUCAGGUCGACGAACCAGGCACUCCAGCUGGCAAAGGUCUUGAUCACAGCUAUAAGGCCACCAGGUUUCAUGCAGACCAUCAGAGCGGGAAUUGACGUGGGCCUUGUGUGGAACAUGCAGAGACAGGGUAUCAACCAUGCGAUUGAGAAGAUUGUGGCCUAUGAUCAAGAUGACGAUCAGGUCAAGAAGGCCAAGAUGGUCAAGUUCUUUGAUAUUCUCAGUCAAUUGCUCUUUGGUAUCCAAUCCAGGACCGCCGAGAUCACCACAAUGCAAGAGUUGGUCAAGUCCAAGUGCGAAGAGAAGUCUCUGGCUGUGGAUGAUGAUAAUGUCUGGGAGCCAUUGCGGCAGUACCAAUCCAAGCUGGAGAAGUUGAUGCACAAGGCCACGGUUGAGCAUGCUGCUGCGGCAAAAAAGGCGGAGGACGCUGCGCGACUUCGGGACGAACAACAGCAGCAGCGGCAAGACAAAGAGCAAGAAUUGCACGAUGUUGAUAUGGAAGCUGAGACGACCAACCAAGACGCAGAUGCCGCAGCAACAGCUGUAGUCGAUGAGUCUGUCCCUGAGGCCGAGAAGGUUGCCGGAAAGAAGCGUCUUGCAACCCCUGAGGAAGACGAGGAGGCUGGAGCGAGUCAUGAUGGACACAAGCAGAGGCGGACGGAUGAUGUCGAUGAACAGGCUAGCGAUAAUGAGAGCCGUUCGAGCGAGCAGGGUGUUGCCGUUAACGAGACCAAGCGUCUUCGUGUUCGCUAG